AUGGAUCUGGAUAACGUAACUUUUCGUUUACAACGUCAACAAAGAGCUAACUAUCUUGGUGAUCUUUCUAGCUCUUCAUUACUUGACUCCUCUAGAAUAAGCCUACCUAAUUCAAUGUUGGACCAGAGCGAUACAGUCGUUGCAUUUCAUCAAAAGAUUAAGGACCUAGAAAAUAAACUUACAUCAGCCAAUAAUGAAGUAGACAACUUACUAAUAGAAAACGAGAAUUUGAGGAAAACAUGCGAAAAAAAUAUGAAACUAAUAGAGUUAUAUAAAAAGAUUGAUUUUAGUGAUGGGCAUAGUACUCCUUCCCAGGGAAGAAAAAGGAAAAAACCUAGAAUAUUUUGUAGCGGUGAAGAAUAUUCAACAUCAGCUAUAAUAAUACCCACAACGGAUAGUUUGACUGCCUCCCUUACGAAAUCAGCUAAAGUAGAUAAUGAAAUUGUGAUGACAUUAAGUAAUGAGUUAAAAAUUUGUUCCAUUGAACCUCAAAAAACUGUAAAUCUAAAUGACAAAAGUAAAUUGUCACCUUUACCACAAAAUAAAACCUCCACUUUACUUAUAAGAUGCCGGAAGCAAAGAAAAUCGAAUAAAAAACUACUGAAACAAACUCGGCGCUUAUUAAAAAAAUUAAAUAAAUUGGCUUCAAGGUUUAGAAAUGUCAACAAAGAAAACCUCACCUUACAACAUAAAAUAGCAGAAAUGGAAGCAACAAUGAAGUUCGAUUUCAAAUCAGACAUACAAACUCAAAAUCGGACAUACCAUGAAAGUAUGAUAGAAACAUACAAAGAAAGUAAAACAAUCAAAUCUAAAAAGGUUUUCAUUUGUUCAGAUGGUGUAGGAAAGGCAUUAGGCAGUGAAAUACGAAACAAAGUUGAUGAUUUGAAGGAAGUUAUAAACUUUUGUAAACCAGGAGCUAGUUACCUUCACAUUUUAGAUAAAGUUAAUUAUAAAGGCAAAGAUCUUAUCGAAGGAGAUGCUUUUAUACUAAUCAAUACUUACUACGAUGAAGCAAUACUGAAAACUGGUAAACACUAUGUACACCUCAUUAACAAUGUAGUAAACGAUCCGACCAGAACUUUUAAUAUGCCGUCGUCUUCUGUUGCAGAUCUACUGAUUGGUCAACUAUUCGACGUGUUGGUUGCGUUAAUAUUUGGUAUUUAUGGUGCAUGUAGACGGCAAGAGCUUCACAAUAUUACCACAAAUGACAUUGAAAGACAAAAUGCUUUUAGUUAA